ACUAGCAAAGCUGCAAAGGCUGUCAGCAUAGGCCAGCCGUAUGGGUAUGAUGAUACUCCUAUAUUCCUUCGUAUCCCGGCAUCGGUUUCGCCGGUCAAAACGAAAGAGGUUGACAAGCGGACCACGCGAAGGGCGACAGGCUAGGGAUGGCCGAGAGCAUAAAUGAUCGGUUCCGCCGUUCGCCUUCCGGCAUCAGCCAUUGGCCACAUCGAUUCAGAUUUCAGGGUAGCUUUCUUCUUCGAGCAGCGCGAUAGCCUUCGGGGAGACGGGGGAGGAGAGGAGGGGGAAGCGCCGGGGGUGCGCCAAGCCGUUGCCAUGUGCUACCAGGUGAAGUGCGGGACGUGCGGCAAGUCCACGUGGGCCGGGUGCGGCCGCCACGUCGCGUCCGUGCACCGCCAGAUCCCCGAGGGCCAGCACUGCGCCUGCCGCGGCUGGCCGGGGGUCGCCCCCGCCGGCGACAAGAAGGCGGCGGCGGCGGGCGACUCCGCCGCAGCGGAGGGGUCUUCGUCCACCUCCGCCUGCACCAUCCUGUGAGGGACGCGGCGGCCUCGGUCAUGCCGAAAGGCAUCGUGUUUGAAGAAGUACAUGGGUUUCUCGUGUGCAGGUCGGUCGGUCGUUCUAGUACUUAGGAUUUGUAUGAUUGGGUCCAGCGAUUGCUGCCGUGUCGUGUAACUUCGCUUUGAAAUACAUGGGUGAUUUUGUUCUCUCUUUGCCACCGACGCCGUUCCAUCCCGUCGUCUUUGCGCUGUUGACGCGGAGGGACCCCCGCCGGCUUCGGCGGUUCGGCCAUCGUCUCGUCUACUCGUCAGACUCCCCCGUUCCCUGCCGGCAUGGGCACGGCUGCACAGUUGAGAGAGAGAGAGAGAGAGAGAGAGAGAGA